AUGUAUUACUACCUGCCGACGUUACCAAUAAGUCUAUUCCGGCUAACGAACCGCGCCGCUAGACUGCUCAGGCUUGCAAAUCUGUCUCGUAUUUUGCUUCACGGCAAUGGCUGCUCCGCUCGUGGAGAAGUGGGGAUGCGGCGGGCUGAUGUUGUCUACAACAGCUGCGCAAUUUCUGUGCUUUUCGUUAUCAUGAUACUGCUGCAGUUUUCGGAGAUGGGUGGCGAGACAGGGUCCAGGUUUUGGGUUGCUUCAUUCGCUGCCUAUGCGGACCAAGACGGCGGCGGUUGCGGUGGCGACGAUUUGAAAUUCAGGAUUGUGUGGAAAAUCUUCAACACCGCGUUUAUUCCGGUUAUAUACCUCUUCUUUGCAGAAAUAUCAAACCGGACUCUGGAAGACCUCAAUGCAUACUACCAGCCUGACCCGACUCUCCUCGCAAUCAGAAAUACUGAUGCCAUCUCUGUUAAGCAACCCUUAAAAUAUAUCCAGCAUGAAGACGAGGAGAUGCGAAAGAACGCCAAGGCCGGAGGUGCAAAUAUUCGGGAAGAACGAUUCGCAGUUGGUAGAACAUGUGGAGUAAGCAGAUCGACAGAAAGGCGAGACAGUGCAUUUCCAUGA